AUGUCGUCGACGUCCGCACCGCUGCCAACCUCCACGACAUCCGGAGUACCAGAGCAACAUUCUUCCGGGAUUAUGGCCAAGGCCGAUACACCAAAGAACAGCCCGCCAAAGUCACAGAGCUCUAAGCAUGACUAUAAAGGCUUUGUAGCGGGAGUCUUCUCAGGAAUCGCCAAACUUAGUGGUAUAUUCGACACAAUCAAGGUACGCUUACAGACGAGCCAUGAUGGGCAUUUCCGGGGCCCAUUGGACUGCCUGCUACAAACAGUCCGCAAAGAGGGUGUUAGUGGGUUGUAUAAGGGAGCCACUCCGCCGCUGGUCGGUUGGAUGGUCAUGGACUCUGUCAUGCUGGGUUCCUUAACCUUAUAUCGCCGGCUAUUACUGGAAAACGUGUUUUCGAAACCAGAGAUUCGCGCAAGCAUGCCGUUCAUUGGCAAGCAGACGGAUCUUCACACGCUCCCUAGCUUCGGUCAUGGCAUUGCGGGCAUCAUGGCUGGAACGACUGUCAGUUUCAUUGCCGCACCGGUGGAGCACGUCAAGGCGCGUCUUCAGAUUCAGUACUCUGCAGAUAAAUCCAAGCGCCUGUAUAGUGGACCUAUAGAUUGCGUUCGCAAGAUGCUUCGCACACACGGCAUUGCCGGAUUAUAUCGUGGACUCUGCGCGACCAUGGUAUUUCGGUCGUUCUUUUUCUUCUGGUGGGGUUCCUACGACGUCCUUACUCGGUUGAUGAAGGAGAAGACCAGCCUGUCUGCCCCUGCCAUCAACUUCUGGGCCGGGGGGAUUUCCGCGCAAGUUUUCUGGAUCACGUCGUAUCCGUCCGAUGUGGUGAAGCAGCGCCUCAUGACGGACCCGAUGGGAGGCGCCCUGGGCGACGGGCAGCGCAGGUUCCAGUGGUGGAAGGAUGCUGCAGUGGCGGUCUAUCGGGAACGAGGGUGGAGGGGGUAUUGGCGAGGAUUUGUGCCAUGCUUCUUACGAGCAUUCCCGGCGAAUGCCAUGGCUUUGGUUGCAUUUGAGGGUCAAACGGCUACGAUGGCCGUCGCACGCUCGAUGCGUCGCACAAGCCCCAUUACGGUCUUCCUGGCUGCUCUGCUAGCUUUCGGAUUCCUUUGCUUUCUGCUCUCCCCUUCCUCGUCCGCCGCCGCCGCUCCUCCUGUCACCGAUUCCUCCUCGCAGCUACGACGAGAAGAUGCCGCCGAACAUCCCCUUUCUCCUCCGACGAAACCCUUCCUCAGAUCUCAAGCCGUUCGCGAAGAUGGCCUGAAAGCACCCCCGCCAGUGAUGCACUACAAUCUCAACGAGCUCAGCAGCACCAGCGAAUCCAUUAAGAAAGGGGAACGGGUGCUGAUUCUGACCCCAUUGGCCCGCUUCUACCAAGAAUUCUGGGACAAUGUAGUGAAACUGAGCUAUCCACAUGAGCUCAUCUCGAUUGGAUUCAUCGUCCCUAACACCAAGGACGGCCAUGUCGCGGUCACCGCGCUGGAGCAGGCAAUCAGCGAGACUCAGUCCGGUCCGAUUGACAGCCGCUUCGCCAGCAUCAGUAUCCUUCGCCAGGACUUCGACCCGCCCAUUCAAUCGCAGGACGAGAAAGAGCGCCACAAAAUGUCCAACCAGAAAGCACGUCGUGAGUCCAUGAGUCGCGCCCGCAACAGCCUCCUCUUCACCACCCUCGGUCCUAGCACCUCCUGGGUACUCUGGCUCGACUCCGACAUUGUCGAGACCCCAGCGACCCUUAUCCAAGAUCUGACUGCCCACAACCGACCUGUGAUUGUCCCGAACUGCUUCCAGCGCUACUAUAACAAGGAUGCCAAGAAGAUGGAUGUCCGCCCUUAUGACUUCAACUCGUGGAUCGACAGUUCGACCGCCGAACAGCUUGCGGAGACAAUGGGGCCGGACGAGAUCCUCCUCGAGGGAUACGCUGAGCUGCCCACCUACCGCACCCUGAUGGCCUACAUGGCAAAUACCGGGGCGCCCCGUCCUAGCCGCGAAAUCGAACUCGACGGCGUCGGUGGAACAGCACUCCUUGUCAAAGCGGAUGUGCAUCGUGACGGCGCCAUGUUUCCCGCCUUCCCAUUCUAUCACCUCGUCGAGACGGAGGGUUUCGCCAAGAUGGCGAAGCGUCUGGGAUAUUCCGUCUACGGCUUGCCUGAUUACUUUGUGUAUCACUAUAACGAGUGA